CUGCGUGGUCCGUGUAUUUGCAACUAGAUGCAGACAUAGAUCUCUCAUCGCCUGUGAGUUGUUGGCAGCGAUCUCUCUCCUCCCCUCCCGGUGGCUCUCCACUCGGUUCAACAUGACCGCGGCACACUCACUGCCAUCGCACGGCCGCGGCCACCGAAGGCUGCCCGCCACUGGAUCUGAACUCGUCCAAUCCCUAUGGACAACUUGAUGAAGCCGCGUGCUGAGCCAGAAGAGGAAGCUGAGCCGUCAAACCACGAAAAAGUGGAUAUCCCUCACAAGUUCAUGACGAUGAGCAGCCUGUGGAAGAAGGGCGAGAGCUUCAACUGGCUGUUCUUUCCGACUCGAGUGGGCCUUUUUGGGCCGCCAGACAGCAUCCUUCACCUGCGGCAGAAGGUAGCUCACGGACGCGCACACGCGCACAGGUCACAGGAUGCGUACUGUACGUGUGCCUGGCUGCAGCUACUGGCAUCUCUCCAGGAGAGCUUCCCAUGGCUUCGCCUCAGCGUUGAGGACCUGAUGGUCGAUGUGACGAGCGUGGCCGAGUACAAUGAGAGGGGAAACGCACCAGACAACCGCAUCACCGUCACGUCGCUCAUACGUGGGUGCAUCAGGCACAGAGGGAGGGAGGGAGUGGCUGGUCAGUCAAGUGAUUCUCUCUCUCUCUCUCUCUCUGUGUGUGUGUGUGUCUGUGUCUGUGUCUGUGUGUGUAGAAGCACCCACAAUCGUGGACAUCAGAACAGGUGGCCGUUUUGUGUACACAGAGGCAUGUUCAUGUUCGUCUACGGCCUGUUUGUCUGUCUACGGCUGUGUGUGUGCAGAGCGCCUCAGUGCCUCAGUGUCCUCGGCUGUGAGGGAUGAAACUGAAGAACACCGACGGCUCGAUUCAGCCGGAAGGAUAGCUCGUGUGCCGAGGAAUGGAAUGAGCAUGGCAGGAGAAUGAAGGCCAGUAGUACUGGCGGCGUGUCUUGUCUUCCGUGUGUAAAUAAGGAGGCAUGCGUUUCCUAUGUUGAUUUCUGUGGCUCUAGAGGGGAGUCGGUGACUUUCGUGGACUCAUGAUCUAGUGUCUUUGUCUUGGUCCGGAAGUUAGUUUAUUCUGAGAGCAUAUGAUGGAUGCCAAGACCAACCACUCAGUCAUCAAUCAAACAUGCCAAC